AUGAAUAAAUUCAGGGAAUGGCGAACACAACGCAAGUCAGCUAUCAUUGUCCCCACGGAGUCGCCCCGCGAUGAUCUGUCCCCACGAUAUGAGACAGAUCCCCCUCAAGAACUCGAUUCUUCGACUCUAAAGUUUGGACUAGAUACAAUUCAUGAGUCCCCUGAUGCAAUUGUUGAUAUAUGCUUUAUUCAUGGUUUGACCGGCGACCGGGAUAAGACUUGGACCGCCCAUGGGCAGAGCGUACCAUGGCCCAAGAUACUGCUUCCAAAAAAACUCAAUGCUCGAAUUCUUAUGUAUGGCUAUGAUGCCCAUGUUACACGCAAGUCUGUUGCUUCAUCCAAUCGCCUGAUAAACCAUGCCCAGAAUCUCUUGGGUGACUUGACAGCUGACCGAGGUCUCUGCAAUGCCUCUUCUCGCCCCAUAAUCUUCGUUGCUCAUAGUCUUGGCGGCCUCGUCUGCAAGAAGACGAUUCUUCUUUCCCAAAAUGCGGCGGAGCCUCAUUCUCGCGCGCUAUUCAAUUCUGUGAAAGGUGUUGUGUUCAUGGGGACGCCUCAUAAAGGGGCAUGGAUGGCAGAUUGGGCCAAAAUCCCUGCUUCGAUAUUUGGCCUCGUUAAAUCCACAAAUCUGAUGUUAUUGGAUAUACUCCAAAAGGACAACCAACUGUUAGACUCAAUCCAGGUCGAUUUUCUCACAAUGAUUCGACGACUCCGAGAGGGCGGCCGAAGCAUUGGGAUUACAUGUUUUUUUGAAGAACUUCCCUUCCCAGUUGUUGGCAAAAUUGUAACAACCGAGUCUGCCACGCUUGAUGGAUAUGACAUCUAUAGCAUAUACGCCAAUCAUCGUGAUAUGGCUAGAUUUGCCUCUGAUGAAGAUCCCGGGUUCAAGAGACUGCUCUGGCAGCUUCAUAGUUGGACAGCACAAGUCGGUAAAAAGGCCCCUAUUGCAAUCUUAAUGGAAGCCUUUGUGAACUGA